AUGGUGCAGUCUGUUACCGUGCGACAGCCUUCAGUUGCUCAAUUUGUCACAAACGCACAACAAGUUAAGAGGAAGGUUGCUAAAGCUGAAAUCAAAUUAUCAGCAUUCUUAGCAGAACAUAAUGUGGCAUUUUUAGCUGCUGACCAUUUAUCCGCACGUGCCAUUGUUUCUAAUGUUAUUGGGACGUCACACAAAGAAGUGUUGGCGAAAAAACUACAACACGCCAAAUUUAGCAUAAUGACGGACGAGUCCACCGAUAUCGGAACUGUGAAAAAUUCGUGCGUGGCGAUCCGCUUUUAUGACAAAGAUUCAGGUUGUAUUGAAAGUAAGUUUUGGGAGCUAUAUAAAGUUUAUGAAGAUGGAGACUUAAAUAUUGAGAAAGCUUCUACUGCAGAAAAUCUCUACAAUGGUGUAGUAAAAACGUUUCAACAGCAUAACAUUCCAUUUGCCAAUAUUAUUGGCUUUGGAGCAGAUGGUUGCAAUACUAUGAUGGGAGUUCGUAAUUCUGUAGCAAGCAGAUUCCGAGAUAGCUGGCCGGGAAUUUUUGUAAUGAAGUGUGUUUGUCAUUCGGUGCAUAUAUGCGCAAGCGAGGCGUGCAAGAACCUUCCAAGAGCUUGUGAGGACCUCGCGAGGAAUAUUUAUGGUUUUAAACUCAGUGCGAAGAACCAGGCAGAGUUAAAGGAAUUUCAGGUAUUUUUAAACUUGGAACCACACAAAUUACUACAUCCUUCACAGACACGUUGGCUGUCAAUGAUCGCGGUUGUUAGGACAGUGCUGGAAAACUGGGAUGCUCUAAUGCUGUUUUUUAACCAAAAAUGGCUUUCUGAGCGAGUUCUAAGUGCUGAACAAAUGGCAGAGGAAAGAAAGUUACAAAUUGCAACAUUGUCUGGCUACUCAUCAGAAUCAGUAGAUUCAUCUGGUUGA